AUGUCUGUAGUUCAGAACUCACCACGGCUGCAAGAGCCUCAGGAGGAGCAGCAGCAGCAGCUCUCGUUAAAAAUAAAACAGUUGAAGUUGAAAAGAAUCAACGAACUAAACAAUAAACUAAGAAAAGAGCUCAGUCGUGAAAGAAUCACCGCUUCGAAUGCAUGCCUUACGAUAAUAAACUACACUUCAAACACAAAAGAUUACGCUCUACCCGAGUUAUGGGGGUACCCCAGCGCAGGUUCGAAUCAUUUUAGAGAAGGUUUAAGAAAGGCUCAAAAAAAUAAUCAUUUGUCAAAUUCAAAUAAUGCUUGUUGUACGCUUAUGUAA